AUGCCUACGGACGCCCCAAAAGGCUCAAAUCUUCCCAAAACACCAGUGCCUCGCUACGCUAUAUGUGCUUUCUGCGAGAAAGAGUUCGAUGUGACACUCAAUACAGAGAAAAGCUGUCAAUACCACCCAGCGGAGCCUGAGGGUACUGGCUCAGACCUUGAGGUCGACAAUUAUGGUGAAUUUGAAUUGGAGCCUGAGGAUCUACAAGAAGAUUUUCCGGAAUGCUUUACGUUCGAGUGCUGCGGUGGAAAUAUGAGAGAUGAUCCUGAUGGGUGUGUGGUGGACUUUCAUCGUGAGGAAGUUUCUAACAAGCCGACGAAACGGGCGAGGGUGAAUUGA